AUGGAUGAAAAAGAUGGACCACCUCCUGAAGAGCCAGUCCACACUCCGGUCUCAGCAACCGUACCUAUCACCAACACUUCGACAAAUGGUCUUCUACUGGAUGCGCAGUCAGACAAGAACCGCGAUCGCGUCGUCACUGGUAACAAUCAGGAGACAAAGUGCACCAACAAUCAUCAAAAAUCCAAACCUGUGACUGCGCUUGUCUCAAACGAAACUUUUGUUGCCCGACAAAGUGAAUCACCGGAAACUCGGCUUUCUGGUUCACUCGAUUCCGUCGUGAUUGAAUACGGUGGGACAUCGGGAUCUGAUCUCGACUCUACUUCUGAUUUGGAGUUCUCUUCCGACGAUGAGGACUGUGAGCACGAAACUACCGAGGAUUUUCUUCCCAAAGCAACAAACUAUUGCGACCCUCUCAAUAAGAAUGGUAUCGAUACUUGCGAUCUUGGAGCUGGCGAUAUGAAUACUCCCGAUGCCGAUGAGUACGUUCAUACGAAAGUAGCCUCACUACCCCUGAAGCCUACAGAAGCCACUGUCAUAUUCGAGAACGAAUACUUCCAAGUAAAACGAUCAGAUCUCGCAGGGUGGGGCGCUUUCGCAGUUCGAGAGCUCAAAGAAGGGGAUCAGAUCCUCUUGGAAAAGCCACUCUUCACGGCCACCAACCUGACCCUCUUUGAUGGGUUCGCCAGCUUGAGCAAGCCCCUGCAAGACGUAGCUUACAGCCUCCAUGCAAACGAUAACUUCCAUGCAGCCUAUCCAGUAGAAGUAUUAAUCUGGAAGACAAACGCCUUCUCAACUGCCAACCCAUCGAAAGGCCGUUGUUACGAUGAAGCAGGUCUAUUCCCAAUCGCUUCUCGGUUCAACCACGCCUGUGAGCCGAUGAAUAGUGUCAAAUGGCACUACAGCCACGCCGACGGAAAUCUCAAGAUGACCAUCCAAGCGAAGAGUAUCGAAGCUGGCAAGGAACUUACUAUUACGUAUGAUACCCUGAGCCCUAUCGCACUGUACGACAGAUAUGGAUUCCAGUGUAGUUGUGGGGGAUGUCCCGGGCUCUCGGACUGGGAGUUGAAGGAGCGAGAGGAAUGUCAAUGGUAG